CGCGCGCUUUAAAAAAGAGAGAAAAACACACCCACAUCGCAAUCAAUAGCGUUGCAACGCUCCUUACAAGGCGAAAAAUAAGAAAAACAAAAAAAAAAAAACAAUUUCCAACAUGGAUGUUUGGGGAUUCUGCGUUAGCGAUACUACGAUGGCAUAUGGCGGUUCGAUGCGCAACGGAUAUUACCGGGAUUACGAGCAGUUUCCCUACGGAACCCUCGAAUCCACCACAUCCCCUCAUGCGGUCAAAGAUUGCUACAGUCGAGUGCAAGAGAAAUGCAAGCAGAUAAAAACCGAGAAGCAAAUGCGGAAGGAUUGUCCUUUCUGCAAGGAGCACAAGAAGCGGCCGCUCAUCAACUACAUGCGCAAGAGGGAGCAGCGGAAGCACCAUGACAGCAUUUGCGAGGACGAGGAGGAGAUGCACGACCAUGAGCUGGAGCACGCCCACAAUCACAGCCACGAGGUGGUGUCCUCCGUCCUUGCCGCCCCCCAGAGCUGCAAGGUGUGAGAGGGAGCGGGACGACGCUACUGCAGGCGAUUCCCACAGACAUUCGCGAAAUGCCAUAUAUAUAAAUAUACAACAAGAAGAAAGGAAAGAAAAAAAAACCUGAAAAGAGGAAAAAACCUGAAGUUACAACAAAAACAAAGAAAAAUCAGAGGAGAAAAGAGAAAAAAGCUGUUAAAGACGAAGAUUGCCACAAUAAUCCAAGGCGACUGUACCCCUUUUUUUGAAUGGUUGCCCCAGCAUUUCCGCAUCGCGAAUACACUACCAUUUACAAGAGCAAGAACAACUUGAUACCAAUUUACAACUCCCUUUAUCAAUUAUCUACUACAACUUCGUUUUUACGCCAACUUCGCAGUUAUGUACAACUAUAUAAACAAUAAUUUGUUUACCGACAAACAAACAGCGCACGAUGAAAGAAAUCAAAUAACGAAAACCUGCCCCGCUUGACCAACGCAUUUUUUUGACCUUAGGCAAUCGAGAACAACAUGAAUAAUAGGUAAAACCAAAAAAAAAAAACACUAUAUAUACAAAACACAACAAGGGAAGCAAAAUUAGCAGAAAAACUGAAUUUUCUAUUUUGCGUACGAGAGACUGAGUAAACAGCAGUAGAAAAUUGUUAAAGCUA